AUGGACGAUAGGCUCAUUAUUGCUGUGGAUUUUGGCACCACUUACUCUGGGAUUGCUUAUUGUUUUGCUGAUCAGCGUAACAGUUCUCCCAUUCCCAUCGAUAACUGGCCUGGAGCCAAUGGCAUUGAUGUGCCAAAAAUCCCCACUGUCAUUUGCUACGACAAACGAAAUUCUAACAAGUUUGCCUGGGGAGGGAGCGUAGAGCCCCAGGCUGACAGCAUAUCUGGAUUCAAAUUGUUACUUGACCCAUCGCAACUAAGGCCAGAUUACGUUCCCGGAAUUCACGUUGCGCAAGAACUUCAACAGCUACCAAAAACGCCUAUUCAGAUUACUGCUGAUUUCAUUGGCGCCAUACAUAGCCAUGCAAUUGAAGAGAUUGCCAAAAAGUUUCCCAAGGACUAUGUCCAGUUGUGCCGCAAGGAAUAUUUGUUUUCUGUACCGGCUGUAUGGUCUGAUGCUGCUAAACACGCUACAUUAAAGGCCGCUGAGAUGGCGGGACUUAGCCCUGUCCGACUGAUCAAAGAACCCGAAGCUGCGGCAUUAUGGACAACUAAGAAGCUUGAUGUUGCUCUCAACUCUGGUGACGUCUUUGUUGUAUGCGAUGCCGGUGGUGGUACAGUUGAUUUGGUAUCGUAUGAAGUCGAGACCACCAGUCCCAAGCUGCAAGUCAAAGAAGUGGUUCCUGGCACAGGCGGAAUGGCCGGAUCUCUCAAUCUGAACAAGCGUUUUGAAAGCGCUGUCAGGAAGCUUGUUGGCGACAAGCAGUGGAGCAUGUUACACUCCAGCAAAGGCUUCCAGCUUGCAUUGUCACUCUUUGAGAAGGAGAUUAAGAAGGCAUUCAAAGGGGAUUCCGAUGACGACUGCUUCGACGACGAGGAAUUCUACGUUAAUUUCUACCCGGCAAGACUGGCGGAUGACCCUGACCGCGGCCUGGAGUCAAAUACGUGGACAAUGGUCAAGGACGACUUGAUGGAUAUAUUCAAUCCAGUUAUUGAUGACAUUCUUAAACUAGUCGACGAACAGGUCAAGAAUGUUGAGAUCAAGAUGGGAGGACAAGGGCCAAAGUAUAUCUUCUUGGUUGGCGGCUUUGGUAGCAAUCAAUAUCUGAUGAAACGAAUCAUGAACAAAUAUCCAGAUAUUGAGAUUUUACAGCCGCCUGAUGCCUGGGCUGCAAUUGCCAAGGGUGCCGCGCUCUCUGGAAUGUCAACCGAGGUAACAAGAACAACUGUUACAAGUAUUUCAGCUACUCGCCAUUAUGGUACCGAAGUUUUUGGCCGCUAUGAUGUGAUUCAAGACCAUGGAAGGCCCUUCCACGUGGCUCUUGAUGACGAUCUUGUAACUGAAAAGGUCAGUACCUCUGUAACUACCUACCUUCUUAGAUGA